AGUUCUAUUACAGGCUUGGUGUGUACACGACUUAAAUAAUUUAACUUUUUGUGUUCUGAAUAAUUUUUUUAGAAUAAUCAGAAAUCAUGAGAAAAAUAAUUUUCUCACUUUCGUUUUUGUGGAUUAUCAAUAUUUGCAGUGCACAGUUUCAGAAAGAUCGAGUUUGCUCAAGUUCUCGCCACAUCGAUGAAUGUAAUCAAUUACAGAGAGGAAAUUCGGAAGUUAAUUGCGUCUUCGCGCAAGACGCCGUUGAAUGUGCACAUAGAAUUCGAAAUGGUACAGCAGAGUUCGGAGUUUUAACAGCAGAGAACGCGUAUUUGUUGGGAACAUUGGAUUGGCGAGAUUUAACGGUUAUCAAGGAAAUCAGACACAUUGAAAGAUUGACUGAACCUGUUGAUUUUCAAUCAGUUGUCAUUGUACGAAGCGAUCAUGUCGGUGGACUUGAAAACCUUCGAAAUAAUGAUUAUUGUCAUCCGGGUCUUCAUUACGAGCGUCACCAAAGAUGGACAGAAAGAUUUUUAAAGGAAUUUGAACGGAGAAUAGUUCGUCAGAAUUGUACACGUGAUGGACGAACACCAGCUGAACUUGAAGUAGCCGGUUUAGCAAAUAUUUUUAAUGCAGCAUGUCGACCUGGUUCGUGGUCAAAUGAACCACAAGAAGAUAGAAUGUUAAAGGAAAAAUAUCCACAACUUUGUUCCUUAUGUGAUCAUCCAUCGAAUUGCACUUAUGGAGAUGCUUUCACAGGUUCAAGUCACAGACAAGCACUCGAAUGUCUUCGCAAAUCUGGCAAUGCUGUCACUUAUGUUGCACUGCAAGAAGCGCAAAAUUUCUUUAACGAUAAUAGCGACAUUGCCAUUCAAUAUUCAUUCCUUUGCCCAAAUGGAUCAUUACAACCUAUUGCGGACAAUAACAAUCCAUGUGUCUGGCUAUCCCAACCUUGGAGCUUGAUUGUAUCAAACAAUGAAAAAGCAAUUGGUUUGUCAACAACUAUCAAUCGUUGGAUGACAUCAAACAGUGGUUGGGAAUCAUCACUUCGACAAAUUUUAACACCUGAUUCCAGUCAAGUUGUAAAUGUAAGAAACAUUCAACAACUACCUGAUUACAUUGCACCGAUUAGAGCAGUGCCAGUAGCAAUUGACGUUUGUGCUAAUUCACUUCGAUGGUGUACGCAUUCAUAUGACGAAAAAGAGAAAUGUGAGGUUCUAAGGGCUGCUGCCUUAACGACUGGCAUUCAACCUCUAAUCAUUUGUAAUGAACCAAGAUCAGACACUGUUUCAUGUAUCUCCGAUGUUUCAUCCAACAAAGCUGAUUUUGUUGGCAUUGACAGUAACUUUGGAUAUUUAGCUAGAAACCCUUACAAUCUCACAGCUGCAUUGUUUGAAGAAACAGAAUUUGAGAAAUAUUCAUCAGUUGUUGCAUUAAUCAAUCAACAUGAUGCAGAGAGAAUUACAAGAUUUGAAGAUUUUCGAGAUAGGAAAGCAUGUUUCGCAGAAUAUGGUGGAAUUGCUUCAAUUGAGUUCAUUAACAUCGCAAAAAAUCGUGGGAUUUUCAAGCGAGAAGAUUGCAACUUUGGUAAAUUAUUGGGAUCGUAUUUCAAUGAUAGUUGUUUGCCUGGAAGCAGAAGUGUUUUCCAUGAUCCAUCAGUUUCAAAUCCUGAAAGUUUAUGCAGUCUUUGUCAGACUCAAUUAGUGAUGCCAACAACAACUAUGCAACCAAUUAGACCAAUGGCUGAUGUUUUAAUUGAUGAUGAAGAACCUCAACCUGAAGAAGUUACAGAAGAAAAUGAAAUUGAAGGUUCAGAAGGAGAAAUUCUAUCUUUCAUACCGAAUCGUUCAAUUAAUUGUGCUGCCGCUCCUUCAAACAGAUUUUAUGGAACUCGUGGAGCUUUGACUUGCUUGAAGGAAGUUGGAGAAGUUGCUGUUCUUGAAUAUCAAAAUUUAGCUGCACAUGCACAAAACUUGAGCUUUAACCCGAAUGAUUUUAGAAUUCUUUGCAGAAAUGGUUCACUUGCUGCUAAUCCUGGCUUUAAUGUCGACCCAGGAUGUUUCUUAACAACAAUCAUUGAUGGUGAAGUUGUGGUUCCAAGAAACACUGAUAAAAAAACUGCGAUUAUCAACAUUCUUUUAUCGCUCGAUAAAUAUUUACAAAACGAUCCCGAUUUUAAAAUGUACAACAUUUUCAAUGGCGAAAAAAAUUUGCUUUUUGAAGACUCAUCGUUGGGUUUAGUUUCACCUAACGAUACAGCUUUAAGUCAAAGUGUACAAAAUUACAUCCAACUCUUUACAGACGUUGAGAAUUGCAUUUCAGAUACUGCUGGCGCACAAAUUAUAGCAGUGAACUUGCUUUUAACCUUCGUUUUAGUACUUCUAACAACUAUGUUUAGCAACUAAAUAAAUUUCAUUACAUAAAAUGUUGCAGAUUGCCUUUGGAUGUCGUCUCUUGGGAAUGUUGAAAGAAAACUUAAAUAUUUCAUUUCGCAUCAAUUUGUCGUCACUACUUAUAAAGUUUCAUUUGUAUAAUAAUUUUUUUCUUUUGAUUUUGAACGAAGAAGAACAAUAAAUAGUGAAUAAAUAAAGUAAAUCUGACAAUGUAUUUAAGUUUUUCUUCUUCUUUCUUCACGAUAUGAUUCAUCAAAAGUUCACUCUUACUUACUCUCUUUCACUCAUUCAUUAAAAAUUGA